ACGGUAUCCAACUCUAACAAGAAAACAAAAAGUGUAUUCAGUUUUCAGUAGAAACUUAAGUGGUUUCAAUUGUUUACCACGUAAACCAAGAAUACAUCAAGUGCCCUUGGUUGUUAAUAGAAAUUUUAGCCUUAAGCGCUGGUUCUCCAUUUAUCACAUCUGCUUGGUCUGUCAAUUGUUACACUAAAAAAAAACAAGUGAUUGCUUUAAGCACUUUCUAGCACAAUGAAAGCCAAAGCCAUGGGAGCUUUGAGCCCUUUGGAUCCAUCAUCGUAUUCUAGACCAGAAUUCGCUGUAAUUAAGCAUAUUAAUCUGACAUAUGAUGUGGACUUCCAGAAUAAAAUAUUAUAUGGAAAUGCUUUGUAUAAUAUCAAAGUUUUGGACUAUCUCGAUGAUUUGAUAUUCGACACAAGCGAUUUGAGCAUAGAGUCAUUGGAACUAGAUGAUGGUACACCGCUUGCGUAUAAGUUAGAUGAGCCUGUACAAAAUUUGGGAUCCAAACUGACAAUAACACUGCCACUCGCUGUUACGCCAGAGAAAGAGCUGGCGAUAAGGAUCAAAUUCUCUUCUGCGCCCACAGCUACCGGCUUGCAAUGGUUGGAACCGAACCAGACCGCCGGAAAGGAACACCCGUAUUUGUUUAGCCAGUGUCAGCCAAUCCACGCCAGGUCGAUCAUUCCCUGUCAAGACACGCCAGCUGUCAAAUUCACCUACCAAGCUGAAGUCACCGCUCCCGACCAGUUCACGGUGCUGAUGAGCGCUUUACGCACGAAGGGCGAGGGUAACCGCACCACCUUUGACCAGCCUGUACCCAUUCCCUCUUACCUUCUGGCCAUCGCUGUAGGCGUACUGGAGCACAGGACAUUGGGAUAUAGAUCAAUCGUAUGGGCAGAAAAGGAGGAAAUAGAAAAUGCAGCAUGGGAAUUCGAGGAGACGGAGAAAUAUUUGAAAGCUGCUGAGCAACUCUGUGGCCCCUACCAGUGGAAGCAGUAUGACUUGUUAGUGCUACCACCCUCAUUUCCCUAUGGAGGCAUGGAGAACCCUUGCUUGACUUUUGUGACCCCUACAUUAUUGGCUGGUGAUAGAAGUCAAGCGGACGUCAUAGUGCACGAAAUAAUGCACAGUUGGACGGGCAACCUUGUGACGAACAGGAACUUUGAGCAUUUCUGGCUCAACGAGGGCUUCACCGUAUUUCUAGAGAGAAAAGUCGCUGCUUCGCUACAAAAAGACUCGAAGUCAGCUGAGCAGACCAGAGACUUCAGUAGUUUACUUGGACUCCAAGAGCUAGAUGAGACAAUAAACAAGGAAUUAGGCGAUGAUAGUCCUUUCACCCGUUUGAUAAUAAAUUUGGACGGUCACUCUCCAGACGAUGCCUUUUCAAGGGUCCCGUACGAAAAAGGCUCACUGUUUUUACGCUACCUUGAAGAUCUUGUUGGAGGACCUGAUGUAUUUGAUGGCUUCAUACGAUCCUAUCUUAACAAGUUCCAAAGACAAUCCAUAGACACAUUUCAAUUCAAGGACCAUUUCUUAGAAUAUUUCAAGGACAACGAGAAGAUAUCGACCAUUGAUUGGGACACCUGGCUAUAUAAGCCUGGCAUGCCUAGUUUAUGUUUCUGUGACAGUUUUGACAGAUCAAUGACAGACUCUGUGCAGGUGGUUGUGGGCAAAGUAAAUGACGUAGAAUGUACGAUUUUGAAUUACACUGAUGUACGGCGAUUCUCACCGCAACAACUUAUAUAUCUUCUACAAACCCUUAUCGAACAAGAGCCGUUGUCAUUGGAAAGACUUCGAGACGUGGGCGAAACGUACAGAAUAGAUGGCAAUCGAAACAGUGAAAUUGAGUUUCGUUGGCUUAGAUUAUGCGUACGAAGUAAAGAUGAAACAAAAUUAGACGAUGCACUUCAAUUCGUUAACAAACAAGGGCGUAUGAAAUAUGUACGACCGUUAUACAGAGAUCUCUACGCUUGGGAGGAAGUGAGGGAGAGAGUUAUUGCGAACUUCUUAAAGAAUGAACCCUUUAUGAUGCAUGUAACAGCUUAUAUGUUGAAAAAAGAUUUGCAUCUCAGUGAAUAAGAUUUUUUUUUACAAUUGUUUUAGUUUGUGUUCUAUUUUGUUACAUAAAUCGUUAUAUACUUUUUCACAAAUUUCAUCCCAUGUAAAUAAAUUUUUUCAAUGUU